AUGGCUGCUACAUUCACCAUGAUCCUGAUGUGCUUGGCAGUGUUGAAUGUCGCGUUCGCAAUGCCCGCUGCACAGCCAGCCGAAGUGGCUGAGGACAUGAAAACUGCAGAAACUUCGCAUGGCCAUUUGCCGUUUUCCUUUGGUUUCGGUGGUUAUCCACGGUACUCGCCUUACGGAUACGCCGGAUACGCCGGAUACGGAUACAGAAGUGGUUUAGGUGUUUCAAUCGGUUACCCAACUCCGUAUUCCCACUCGAUUGGUUAUUCGGAAGACUUCCCACAAUAUCUGCCUCAAUUCAAAUGA